AUGCGUAAAUCUGGAAAUUAUACAUUAACAACUAUAAAAUUUUUCAAAGAAACCACUUUAGCACCUCAAAAAAGUAAAAAAAUAAGUGACCAAGAAAAUGUAUGGAUAGAUUUAGCAACAACUGGUGCUCUAAUAUUUGCAGAAAGAUAUAAAGAAGAAGCUAAUCAAUAUGAUAUAAAUUCAAUAUAUAUAUUUGAAAUGAUAAAAAAAGAUGCAUCAUGGCCAAUUGCACCAG